ACUAAAUGAUUAGCGGCUAUGUUCGUGGAUAGAGAGCUCAAUUAUAAGUUCAAAGAUUCCACCAGUCGAAUUCAGAAUCGGUCGGUAAUAACAUCAAAAACAAUCAGCCUAACUCAGCGCGUAAUCGUGUGCUUCAAAGUGCUUCAAUAUUCAAGAUUUUUUUUAGGCUAAAUGCCUCCCCAAGAUGAUGCUGUUCAGACCCAAUCGGGAGGGGCAGAAAGCACCCUAAACAUGCCCUUCGAACCCUCUCCUUUGGGGAAUGCGAACCAGGGUUUCGUAGACACCGAAAACCACAACGGUUGCACGAAAAAAAUUGAGGAAACUUUGAAGAAAAACGAUGAUGCCAAGACGUUCGAGUUUGACAAUUUUUUACGUUUAGUUGGAGAGUUUGGAGUUUAUCAGAAGAUUCUUUUUUUGAUGAUGAUACCAUUCGCGUUCAGUAUGGCUUUCGUGUAUUUUACGCAGAUUUUUCUUACGAUUAUACCGGACGCACAUUGGUGUUGGGUGCCUGAACUUGCCAAUCUGACUUCAGAACAAAGGAAAAUUUUGGCGAUACCUUUCAACGGACAAGAAUUCGAUAAAUGCCGCAUGUAUGAUGUAAAUUUCGAGGAAUUAUUAAAAAUUGACAUACUCAAACCAGAUCCUUCUUGGCCGGUUAAGUCCUGUCAAAAUGGGUGGGAGUAUGAUUUCACAGACCAGCCAUACACAUCGAUUGCUACAGAGCAAAACUGGGUUUGUGAAAAUGCAGCACUACCACAUACAGCCCAAGCUAUCUUCUUCGGAGGAGCUAUACUAGGUGGACUAAUUUUUGGAUGGUUAGCAGAUAGGUUUGGUAGGAUUCCAGCUCUUGUUGGAUCUAACUUGGUUGGUUUUAUCAGUGGAAUUGCAACCACCUUAUGCAGCUCCUUCUUAGGCUUCUGCAUUUGCAGGUUUUUAGUCGGAAUGGCUUUCGACAACUGCUUCACAAUGAUGUACAUUUUGGUUUUGGAGUAUGUAGGACCCAAAUACAGAACUUUCGUGGCAAAUAUGUCCAUAGCCAUCUUCUUCACCUUCGCAGCAACAAUUUUACCAUGGAUAGCGUAUUAUUUGGCUGACUGGAAAAUGCUUUGUUAUGUAACAUCUGCACCUCUUCUUGUUUCUGUAUUUGCUGCUUGGUUCAUACCAGAAUCGGCAAGAUGGCUGACUUCACAAGGAAAAUUCGACAAAGCUAUUGGAAUUCUCAGAAGAUUCGAGAAAUUCAAUAAGAAGACUGUAGAUGAGGCUGUCUAUGAUAAAUUCAAGUCGAGCUGUUUGAAGAUACAAAAAGAAGAAGAGAUGGAGAAAACCUACACCGUAUUCGACCUCUUCAGAACACCACGCUUGAGGAGGACCACCUUUGUGCUGAUCAUCCUCUGGAUGUGCAUCUCCCUGGUAUUCGAUGGUCACGUGAGAAACGUUGGUUCUCUGGGAUUGGACCUCUUCUUGACCUUCACCAUAGCUAGCUUUACUGAAUUCCCCGCUGACACCUUCUUAACCAUGGUUUUGGACGUCUGGGGCAGGAGGUGGCUUGCUUUUGGUUCCAUGGUCAUCAGUGGAGUCUUCAGUUUGCUGGCUACAACAGUACCUAUUGGUAUUCCAAGUGCUACUUUGGCCAUUAUUGGAAGGUUUGCAGUGAACAUUUCAUACAAUAUUGGUCUUCAGUAUGCAGCUGAAUUGUUACCAACCGUUGUUAGAGCUCAAGGAGUUGCUCUAAUUCAUAUUAUGGGCUAUGUUGCCAGUAUUUUGGCUCCUUUCGUCGUAUACUUGGCUAACAUUUCCCCCUCUCUGCCAUUGUUCAUCCUAGGAAUCUUGGGAAUUGUAGGUGGCAUUCUAGCCCUAUUCCUCCCAGAAACUCUGGACCAAGAAUUGCCCCAGACUCUUCAGGAUGGCGAAUCCUUCGGAAUGGACCAAGGCAUGUGGGACUUCCCUUGCAUUAAGAAAAAUGAUGACGAAGAAAGCGUAGGAAACUUCAAACGCUCUUCUUCGAAAAGGAGUUCUUUGAGAGCAUCAGGUCGUGGUGAGAUCAGAUCUAGCAUGGUUAACAGAUCAUCUUUAAGAUCUAGGGCGAUACCAGAAAACCAAAGUGUAUGAUAAAUCAUAUAGCAGAUGGCGAAAUGGCCAUCGUUUUGACUGUGGUACAAUUAUUGUUUUAUUUUGAUGUUUUUAUUGUACAUAUUUUUCGUUUAGUACAUAUGUAGAAUUUUAUCGAAUUCUUGUGAACGUGAUAUAUAUUUAGGUCUAUUUAUUCUGUAAGUUAUUGUAAUAUAAUAAACAAAAAUUAAAAGAA